UGACAGAGAACCCAACAAGGGGCCGGAAGCACUCGGAAGUCACGUGCUACCCGGGCCGCGCGCGUGAUUGGCUUGGGAGGAGGUGAAUGAUGCCGCUGUGAUUGCCGAAUUGUCUGGGCAGGUUUGGAACCUGAUGAGCCCUGGUGACCUGUGCAUCCCUCUGCAGAGAAAGAGGAGGGAAAGGCUUGCUUUCUCUGGACUCUAGCGGUCACAUCCCAUCAGGAGCCCUGAAGGCCCACCUCAAGCAUCAUCAACAUGGAGUUCUGAAGUCCAUGUGGCUCCUCACCGUGAACCAGGUCUUAAGGAAAAUGCAGAGACGCCACAGCAGCAACACGGAUAACGGUCCACCUGAAAGAAAUCGCAGCCAAGCGCUCAGCUCCGAGGCGAGCGUGGAUGAAGGCGGCGUCUUUGAGAGUCUGAAGGCAGAGGCGGCCUCCCCACCUGCACUCUUCUCCGGCCUCCCCGGCCUCCCUGCCAGCAGCCUCCCCACCGCCCCAUUCCCAUCCAGCCUGGUGCUGGGGGCAUCGGCCGGAGGCGGGGACGUGUUCAUCCAGAUGCCAGCGUCCAGGGAGGAGGGCGGGGGCCGGGGCGAGGGGGGCACCUACCACCACCGCCAGCCCCUCCAUCACUUCCAUCACGGCGGCCACCGCGGGAGCUCGCUGCUGCAGCACGUGGGUGGGGACCACCGCGCUCACUCUGACGAGGGGGGCGACGAGCAGCCAGGGACGCCCGCCCCUGCCCUGUCCGAGCUGAAGGCCGUGGUCUGCUGGCUCCAGAAAGGCCUGCCCUUCAUCCUGAUCCUCCUGGCCAAAGUGUGCUUCCAGCACAAGCUCGGCAUUGCCGUGUGCAUCGGGAUGGCCAGCACCUUUGCCUAUGCCAACUCCACGCUGCGAGAACAGGUCUCUCUGAAGGAGAAGAGAUCGGUGCUGGUCAUCUUGUGGAUCCUGGCCUUUUUGGCGGGAAACACCCUAUACGUGCUCUAUACAUUCAGUUCCCAACAGCUGUACAACAGCCUCAUAUUCCUGAAGCCCAACCUGGAGACACUGGACUUCUUCGACCUGCUGUGGAUUGUGGGCAUCGCAGACUUUGUGCUGAAGUACGUCACCAUCGCCCUCAAGUGCCUGGUCGUGGCCUUGCCCAAGAUCAUCCUGGCUGUCAAGUCCAAGGGAAAGUUCUAUCUGGUCAUCGAGGAGUUGAGCCAGCUGUUCCGAUCACUUGUCCCCAUCCAGCUGUGGUACAAAUACAUCAUGGGGGAUGACUCUUCCAACAGCUACUUCCUAGGAGGGGUCCUGAUUGUUCUCUACAGCCUCUGCAAGUCUUUCGACAUCUGUGGCCGUGUGGGCGGAGUCAGAAAAGCCCUGAAGCUUCUCUGCACCUCUCAGAAUUACGGAGUCCGGGCCACUGGGCAGCAAUGCACAGAGGCCGGCGAUAUCUGCGCCAUCUGCCAGGCUGAGUUCCGGGAGCCUCUGGUCCUCAUGUGCCAGCACGUGUUCUGUGAGGAGUGCCUCUGCCUCUGGCUGGACCAGGAGCGCACCUGCCCGCUCUGCCGCUCGGUUGCCGUGGAUACCCUGCGCUGCUGGAAGGACGGGGCCACUGCAGCACACUUCCAAGUGUAUUAGGGCAGAAGACUGAGGCACCCUGGGAGCUGACGGAUGGCCAGCGUGAUCGGUCCGGCUCUGGGGACUUACUGGAAAACAGGCCUCAAGCACUGACUCUCCUGCCUCCUGCCUUUCUCCCCCUCUUCCCCCAGAGCCAGGCCCCUAUCCUCCCGACCUCCACCUUCCUCUUCUGUUCUGCGGCUUAGCGUGGGCGUUCUUUCCUUCAACCCUCCUCGCUCAGACUUGGCCUCCUCCCGGGAGGGUCUCCUGCCCCCUCCAAGUGAAGGAACCGGGGAUAGGCAGGUCCUGCCUGUUGUGAUUUUAACUCACGGUGGCCUAACACCCGAUGCUGCAAGCUGGAAGGGGCCUGGAGAUCACUGCAUCCCCCCAACACGGCUCAGGUCUGCAGAUGGGCGUCACUGUGGAGCAUUUCCCAAGUGCGAACGCUGGGCCCCUUAUACCUGCAAUAGCUUAGUGUCCCAAGCACUUCGUGCGAGCUGAGCAUCUGCUUGGAUGACCUCUGGGAAUCGUCACAACAGCCCUGGGGUGGAGGUACUGUCGUUUGCUCUGUUUUACAGACGGGGAAACUGAGGCACAGAGCUCCACGUGGUAGCUUUCCCAGGGUCACCCAGCUAGCAAUGGCAGACGGAGUUUCCAAACAGGCCUGUCUGGCUUCAGAGCCCACACUCUCAACCACCAUAUGCUCACCCGCUCAGACACGGCAGGCGUGGGGCCCAGCAGGCUUGGUGUGUGUGGGUUGGUUGGUUGGUUGGUUGGUUGGUUUUUUAAGCACCAGAGGUGAUUUUGAUUCCCAUCAGUGACCCAGGUGCAUAGCACAGUGAUCUGGGCCCCGCUGAGGAUGCCAACGGUGAGCAGUGGCCCUGGAAAUCUAGCUGUGGCCAAGUUCAUGGAAAGAGUUGGUCUUUAAAAUUGCUCAUUUGCCGGGCUGGAAUGCUCAGUCACAUUUGGGUAUCAAGAAUGGCCAGCUUUGGUCCCCAUGCAGGUAUCACUGGGUCUCCACACCUGUCUUCAUGUCUCUCCUCCUCCUCCUGUUCUGGUCCUGCCCCUCACUUAAGUCUCCGCUUGUCAACAGCGCCUGUGGCCAUUGUCUUCUCCCCCGGUAGCCUUGAGAACAAAAUGAAUGAUCCAUGUUACAGAUUUGUCCACAAGCCAGGGUGGUGGCGUGGAGCACUGCAGCCCUCGGCGCUUCUGGAACAUCUAUACCAGAGCUACUAAUCUCUGUAAGAGAACAGUUUCUCCACCUGUGAGACCCUCCCUGCUUUGAAUCUGGAAGGAGGUAGCACAGGUGAUCACUUAGAAGCUACUGGAAUCUCGCCUGCCCUACCCCUCUCCCCAUUCUGUUCACUCGCCGUCAACCUCAGCACAAUGGGCUGGUGCCAGUGGCGUUACAGAGAAAUCAAUCUUGUGGCUCGUGAGCAGAUGAGCAACAAAGCCCCAAGCAGAAAUGGUGGGAGACUUUGCUGCCACCUCGCUCUCGGCCAGUAAUAACAAGCCCACCCCAUCCCUGAUAGUUGCAGGACAUUUGCCCCCGCGUGCUAUCAAGCCAGGACCUUUUCCUGUGCCUGGCAUCCCUGGCUCUUCCCCGGGACCCAGCAAGACGUCCCUUCCAGGGCAGCGUGGCAUCUUUCAAGCUCUGUUACUAUGGCGAUGGUGGCGGCGUUACAAUCCCACUUGCCUGGAUAAUCAAGUCCGAAGGGGAAGCGGAGGGAAGUAGGGCCGGGGGGAUGCGGCUGCUCUGCUCCCCCUACCUUCAGCAAGAGCCAGAGGGAAGCAACAGGAGCUUCUGCGACUGGUUUUUAUCAGAAAGAUCACCCUGCCUGCAGAUGCCAUCAAAGAGACACAAGAGAUUGGAGCUGGAGAUUUAUUAACAGGCCAGCUUGUGACAGAGCAGGCAGAGCAGAAUUCUGAUUCCAAACUCUGCGUGACUUUGGGAAGUCACUUCGCCCCCCAGUAGCCGUCUCCAGGAUAAAGAAACCUCGUGCACUUUCUGCCGCAGCCGGGGAAACUAACAAUGUAGAACACUGGUGGAGGGGCCAAUGGUUGUGUCCGUUAUACUCAUGCCACCAAAAAAAAAAAAAAAAAAAAAGAAAGAAAAAGAAAGCCCCCACAUCUCUAAAUAUUAUUCUCCAAAUAAUGAGCCAUGCUUCUGACAUUAUAAACAGUGUCACUUGGGGAUACCAGGGACAGGUGGGAUGAUUUCGUUUAGGAUUUUACUUCUUCAUUCCCUACCCUCUGGGGAAAAGUUCUGUUCUGGAGGUUUUCUUUUUUUAAUUUUCUUUCUUAACG